AUGACAUACAGCGUGAAGAAAAUGAAGGCAGAUCAAGAAGCUUGGAUCACUGAAAACCACCACAGAUACAAUCUACCGGCUGUAACUGAUGUAAAGACUGGACACUCCUCAAAGGAAAGAAUAUGCCAGGAAAAAUCCUCACAGGAAGGAAAACACAAGAGAACUGCUGGGAAAGUAAGCCCUGGGGAACUCUCGGGAACAGAGACAUUGGGGAACUCUCCGGAACAGACACCAAGAAACUCCAGAACAGAAACCAAGGAUCUCUCAGGAACAGACACACCAGGUAAUGCUCAGGAAGAGACACCAAGGAACUCGCCAGAACAGACACCAAGGAACUCUCCAGAACAGACACCAAGGAUCUCUCCAAAACAGACACUAAGGAACUCUCUGGAACAGACACCAAGAAACUCUGGAACAGACACCAAAGAUCUCUCAGAAGAGACACCAAGGAUCUCUCAGGAAGAGACAUCAAGGAUCUCUCCGGAACAGACAUCAGGGAACUUUUGGGAACAGACACUGAGUAACUCUAAGGGAAAGACACCAGAUGAACUCCUUAAAAAGACUUGCACGCCAGGGAACUCCUCUAGAGAAUGUAAACACUAUGGUACUCCUAGAGCUUACUCGGGGGAACUCCUAAGGAAUUACACAGAUUCUUAUGAAGGAACAUAG